UCGAAGUCUCGCUCUCUUUUUCUCUCUCGAAGAACAACGAGAAGAGGGAGGGGCGAGUGCUGCCAUUGCCGACGAUCUUGAUCUUGAUUUCCUUCUCUGAAGAAUCUUUAUGUUUGAAAGAGGAGGGAUUUAAGGAGAGUAAUCAUGGAUAUAGGAGUUUCUAUCUUCAAGAUUUAUACUGAGCUUGAUGAUGCAUCUGGUCCUAUGCUUUUGGGAUGUCUCAUCACUGGGUUGUUUGGACUAGUAGCACUCAUUUAUGGAUUCCUUAGGUUGCAAAGACAAACAUCACUGAACUGGGUCAAAGCUGCUGCAAGAGCUAAGAAGAAAAUAUGGAAGAAAUUUAAGCUCCCUGUUUCACCCCAUUGUUGGUCUAAAGAUGAUUGCUCUGGUGACCGGCCCUCCGCUUGUUGUGUGUGUUUAACUUCAUUGACAUCUCCACAAACCCAAGGUGCAAAUGGCGCAGAUAAUGUCUCUCUUCUUCAAUGCUCUAUCUGUGGUGUGGCAGCACAUUUCAAUUGUUCUCAGUAUGCGGCGAAGGAUUGCAAGUGCGUGGCACAAGCUGGUUCUUCACAAUUGCUGCAUCACUGGUCUGAAAAAUGGGCUGAGUCAGAUGAGAACUCUGAUUUGUCCUCCUUUUGCCAUUAUUGUGAUGAGCCAUGUGGCAUUCCUUUUCUUGUUGUUUCCCCUGUAUGGCGUUGCUUAUGGUGUCAGUGUCUCAUACAUGUGAGUUGUCAUGCCAAAUUAUUGAAAGAGACUGGCAAUGUAUGUGAUUUGGGUCCUCUAAGAAGACUGAUUCUGCCACCUCUAUCAGUGAGUGAAAUAAAUGGUGAUGGUGCAACUGGGGGAAUGUUGAACUCCAUCAAGGAAGAGAUAAUUGCUUCAUCAUUCAGAGGCCAGCUCAAGAGGAGGCGCAAUCGAAGUAAAAACAGAAACAAUCAGACUGUUUACAGAACAACUAAAGAUAAAGUUCACAAUUCCACUGCAGCUGCACACUUGACACUUGAAUCUGUGCUAAAGUUUUUUCUUGGACUGGAGAGGCCAAACAACAGAGAAACUAAUUCAAAGCAGAGGAGUAAUUUAGAAAGCAUUAAAUGCAACUCACUUGGUUUAAGCCAGAAAAAUGGUGAAAUUGUUAAUAUGGGACAGAAGCGGAAGUAUAAACUUGUGGAUUUGCCACUAGAUGCCAGGCCCCUACUUGUUUUUAUUAAUGCUAAGAGUGGAGCUCAAUAUGGACCAUCUCUUAGGAGGAAGUUGAACACCUUGUUGAAUCCUGUACAGGUUUUUGAACUUAGUUCUUCCCAAGGGCCAGAGGUUGGGUUGCGGUUAUUUCGUAAUGUGCAAUAUUUUAGAGUUCUUGUCUGUGGUGGAGAUGGUACAGUGGCCUGGGUUCUUGAUGCUAUUGAAAGGGAAAAUUUUGAGUCCCCACCACCAGUUGCUAUACUCCCACUUGGAACUGGUAAUGAUUUAUCUCGGGUUUUGCAAUGGGGAGGAGGUUUGUCCUCAGUUGAAGGACAAGGUGGUUUAGCUGCACUUCUUCAUGAAAUCGACCAUGCAGCAGUAACUAUGCUUGAUCGUUGGAAUGUCUGUAUCACAGAGGAAAUUGAAGAUCCAACUCAACAGAUAAAACAAGUGAAGUUCAUGACAAAUUAUUUAGGUGUUGGAUGUGAUGCUAAGGUUGCAUAUGACUUUCACAUGUCUCGUGAGGAAAGACCUGAUAAGUUCUCUAGCCAGUUUGUGAAUAAAUUGCGGUAUGCCAAAGAAGGUGCAAGAGAUAUCGUGGACAGAACUUGUGCUGGUUUACCAUGGGAAGUGAGCCUUCAAGUUGAUGGCAAUGACAUUAAAAUCCCAGAGGACGCAGAAGGUGUCCUCGUGCUGAACAUUGGCAGUUACAUGGGAGGUGUCAAUCUCUGGCAAAACGAGUAUGAGCACAAUGAUGAUUUUGAGCUACAGUCAAUGCAUGAUAAAGUGCUUGAAGUUGUUUGCAUAUUCGGAACAUGGCACCUUGGUAAACUUCAGGUAGGACUUUCACAAGCUCGAAGGUUAGCCCAAGGGAGAACAAUUAAACUGCAACUUCACAGCCCAUUUCCUGUUCAAGUUGAUGGAGAACCAUGGAUCCAGCAACCUGGUUGCCUGGAAAUAACACAUCAUGGGCAGACAUUUAUGUUAAGGAGGGCAUCUGAGGAGCCUACUGGGCAUGCUGCUGCUAUAAUGACAGAGGUUCUUGUCAAUGCUGAAUGCAGUGGCCUGAUCAAUGCUGGUCAGAAGAGAGAGCUCCUCCAACAAAUGGCGCUUCGUCUCACCUGAUUGCAAUGUAACUAAACCAAACAUGAGAAGAUCAAUACACAUUCUUCUCCUCUUGAGUCAAGAGAUUGCUUGGAGUAACACAAAACACAGUAUGUAUAUGAAAGAAGAGGUUCUUGCUCACUGUUUGUAUUUUUGUUGCUGUUGAUUGUAUAUUAGAACUUAAGUUUUUGUUUUUUUCUUUUCUUUUUUAUUCAAUUUUAAAGAGGUUUUUGUAGAUCUGUGGAGAUAAAAUAAAACAGAAAGAGGAAUAUCUGGCUUCUGUACAUGUGA